UAAUUUAUAAAACUAGUGAAUCACACAUGAAUUAAAAUGAGUCAUCUACUGUGAGGAAACGAAUGGGUGAUGUUAUUAAAACAGUCAUUGUAUGAUAUCAUUAAGACACUGUAUGUUUUGUUUGAAUAACAUACAGCAUAAACAAAGGAAAUAGUUUCCUGUUUGCAUUGUGUGCUAAAAUGAUGGGUUCUACACGCAUAUUAGCAUUGAGAAGAAAUUUUGCUCUUAUAGCUUUGUUUCUAGUAGCUUUAUGUGCUGGUAUGUCACCACAGUGUUUGGAUGAGAAUGGAGACAAGGUAGAUUGGUACUAUGUCUACAAAUUGCCACGAGAGAAGAACCACAUUAAUCCAUUGAUACGUAAAGGGGUUGCAUACAUGUAUCUUACUCCGACAAACUUAAGAGCGGGAUGGACAUUAUCUAAGCUUGAUAUUGGUGAUCCAAAAUCAAUGGUUGGCAGGACUUUAUCUCCUUUAUACCAGAAUGCAAAUACGGUAUCUGUAAUAUACAAUGAUCAGCCACCAGCACCUGAUGGGAAGAUGGAUCUACUUGAAAAUGUAGCCGAGAUGUACUCAAAAACUAAAAAAGGAAAAACAAGGUUCAAUUCAAAGAACAAGUAUAAGAAAUUCAAACUGAAUGACAAAUACUAUGAUGAUUACGACUUGGCUGAGAUGUGUAAGAUGCACUCUAAGUUAAUGAAGACUAAAGCAGAGGGUGGUCAUACGAAGGGUGUGAUAGUGGGUGAUAAGAACAAUGCACUAUGGCUGGUGCAUUCCGUGCCUAAAUUCCCUCCUGUGCCUAACACACAUGGACCUAACGUAACUUCCUACAGUUAUCCAGCAACGGGUACAAAAUAUGGACAGACCUUUCUCUGUACGUCUGUUCAUACAUCUACAUUGAAUCAAAUUGGAACUCAGCUGAAAUAUAAUGAACCACUUAUCAACUACCAUAGCAUACCUCAGGAAUUAGAGAUUGAGCUGCCCAAUAUCAUGGAAGUGAUACAAAAUAAGACUGUUGAUUCUGCUCCUUGGUACCACAUAGCGAGUUUUGAGACACUAGCAGGUAGAAAGUUUAUCUCAUUUGCCAAGAGCGGCAUGUUCAAUGACGAUCUCUACAGCGGGCUCGUGGCUGAGGUGCUACAGACUGAUUUGCUUGUGGAGUCCUGGACCAACGGUCCGGAGACCUUGGACUCCGAGUGCAAUAGGAGUUACCAGGUCCGCAACAUAGAGCGUCUCAAGUUCCCCCCAGCAGGCAUGUCGUUCUCGUCGCACAGUGACCACGCCAAGUGGGCGGCGGCGGUCGCUCACAAGAUGCUCAACACGCAGGACGCCAAAGUGGCUGACUACUGGCUGUGCGUGGGGGACAUUAAUAGAGCUCUAUCUCAAGAAUCACGCGGCGGCGGGACAGUGUGCACAGCGGGUCCUAUUCUGUGGGGACACUUCGCCCAUUUAGUAGACACAGUGCAACCAUGCCAGUGACAAGAAACUGUAAAUGAACUAGCUAUAAGUCACAGAUAAGUUAUCAUUGUCUUUUUAUGUAGGUUUUAUAUUUAAAAUCCAGUCGAAUAGGGAAACAAAGUAGUACAGUUUAGCAGUGCCGUAAAUAGGCGGUGCCACCGGUGCCCUGUGCACAGGGCGUAGACUCUGGAGGGCUCAAAAAUGGCCAAACCAGGAAGGAGUAUUAUUUAUUCGGUUUGCUUCCGAUAAUAGGUCCCGCUGCGCCCCUAGAGCACGAUUCCAACAUUAAAAUAGACCUAUACA